AUGGCGACUACUACGGCGGAAGAGGCAGAGGAGAAAACUUACGAGGAUUUUAAAGACGAGUUGCUCCAAAAACUCCAUGAGUUCAGAGAAACGAACAUUCUCUGUGAUACGAUAAUUCGAGCCCAAGGACAGGACUUCCCUGCUCACAAAUGUGUUUUAUCAGCUGCCAGCCCAUACUUCCGGGGCAUGUUUUCAAAUGACUUGAAAGAAAAGGAAAGUAAUCUUGUAGAGUUACAGGAUAUCAAAUCUUCGACACUGACUGAUGUUCUUCGGUAUAUUUAUACUGGUAGAACGCGAAUUGACUCUUCCAACGCAAAAGAUUUGGUGAUGACCGCAGACUAUUUGAUCAUUCCAAGGUUAAAAAGGAGAGCAACCCUUUUCCUCGAAGGAACAUUGAAUGCUUCUAAUUGCCUGGCUUUCGAAUCGUUUGCUUCUCGGUACAACUGCGAAUCACUAAAAAAAGCUGCAGUUGCCUAUAAGAUGGAAAAAUUCGUAGAUGUCGCGAAAUCCGAAGAUUUCAGAUUGCUUGAUGUGGAGAAAGUUAAAGAACUGAUUUGCAUGGACGAGAUAAACGUGGCCGAGGAAGAGGAAGUGUAUGAAGCAGUAAUGGCCUGGGUAAAACAUGAUCUACCAUUCAGAGAAUCUUUACUUUUGGAUCUUCUGAAAUUUGUUAGACUGUUUUCAAUAUCCAAGUACAGAUUACGAAUGAUUUUGGACGAAGAGUUAGUCAGAAAGGACCCAAUUUCUCAGAAUGGUUAUCCCUCCCCCAAGUGCCUUCAUAUUCUCAGAGUGCUACCGUGUGUGGCGGACAGUUGUAUGUAA